AUGGUAAAAUGCAAAUGUAUUUCACAUGGUGCUAAUACCAAUGAAAAAGAUAAAGAUGGAAGAACCGCACUUCAUCUGGCAACAUUGAAAAAUAGUAAAGAAAUUGCUGAAUUACUUAUUUCACAUGGUGCUAAUAUCAAUCAAAAAAAAUAA